AUGAGACAGGCAUGGGUUGGACUCGUGUUCUUGCUGGCGGGUUUGAUUCUGCUGCACCUUUUUGUCGCGCCGUACACCAAGGUCGAAGAGUCGUUCCAUGUCCAGGCUACCCAUGACAUCCUCGCGCACGGGUUUCCUUUCAACGCCACCGCCAAUCGCAGUAAAUAUGACCACUUCGAGUUUCCAGGCGCUGUGCCUAGGACUGCGGUUGGUGCGACGAUCCUCUCUGGGUUAUCGCCUCAGCUGACGGCAGCUUGGACGGGAGUAAAUCGGCAGAUCUGGGCCCGAGCUGUUCUAGGCUUGUACAAUGCCGUUGCUCUAGGCGUCUUCGCCCAUGGCUUACGGAAAAGUUUCGGCCAGACUGUAGCUGUGUGGUACCUUCUGUUUCAGAGCAGCCAGUUCCACCUCAUCUACUACGCCUCGCGGCCGCUAUCAAACAUAUUCGCCUUUGGGCUGACAACCGUAGCGAUGCGGUGUCUCUUGCCCGACUCAAUCUCCCAAUGGGGGGGUCGUGCCGGCGCGCGCGGUGGUAGAUUGAGCCUGUGUCUGCUCACUAUGGCGGGCGUGAUCUUCCGCGCCGAACUAGCUAUUCUGGUCGCAUUUACGGCUCUGUUCUUGCUUGCCACGCAUCGCGCACGGCUUUUCUCAGAUGUUGCUGUUGCCGGCCUCGCGGGUCUUACGAGUGGGCUCAUUCUUACUGUUUGCAUCGACAGUAUGUUCUGGAACCAGCUCGUCUGGCCCGAACUAAACGCGUUCCUAUUCAACGUUGUCGAAGGUCAGUCCUCAGCCUGGGGCACGGAGCCUUUCUACUUUUACUUCGUGAACGCGCUCCCUCGACUUCUGCUUAACCCGCUGAUCUACCUCCUCGCCAUCCCGAUUACGCUGCGCAAUCCCGCUCUGCGGCGGCCCAUUCUCCCGCUCCUUGCGCCAUGCAUGGCCUUCGUGACGCUGUAUAGUGCCCAACCGCACAAGGAGUGGCGCUUUAUUAUCUAUGUCGUUCCGGUUCUCACUGCUACAGCUGCUCUCGGGGCUGGUUAUCUCUGGACUCGGCGUAGCCGAUCUGCAUUUGCUUAUAUCGCGUCUCACCUCCUGGUUCUCUCGACCGUGGCGGCUUUCCUGCUGUCCAAUCUGGCGCUUCUGCCUGCCUCAGCAGCGAACUACCCUGGUGCUCAUGCUUUGAAUGCACUCCACCGCUACCAUGAGCAGCAGUCCUUGUCCAGCGGUGCUUCAGUCUACCUUGGGAACCUGGCCUGCCAAACUGGCGUCACGCGGUUCUUGCAACGAUCUCCCGAACAGGGCUGGAGCUAUGACAAGACCGAGGACGAAAACACCAAGUCCACCGGGAAAUUCUGGGACCAGUUCGACUACGUUCUUGUCGAGGCUUCUGCGGACCCUGAGUUCAGGGAUGCUGAUGAGACUCGUCUGCACAGUGCACUCCCCUCUUCGCAAUGGGAGACAGCCGAGGUUGUCGACGGCUUUGUUGGCAUUUCUAUCCUGAGACCAGGAGCUCCUGCCGCUAGGGUUGCGGAGCAACGGAUUCUGGCCAAGUUGACCGGGGAGUCUUUAGUACGUGUCUACGAAAAAGUGCGAGAUUUUGUGAGGAAGCUUGUAUUGCGCGGCUGGUGGGUCGAGUUGAAGAUGAGACCGAGGGUCAAGGUUCUCAAACGGGUUCAAGGGGAUUCGAGCAUAUGA